AUGAAAACAAGACGUUCAAGCAUUAAUCGCUGUAAACCAUAUUUAAUUAUAAAAAAAUUAAUAUCUAAUUUACAAUGUAAAAUAACCACAUGUAAAACAGUGGAGAGUUAUUUCUGA